UCUAAGGAGUAAGCUGUUAAAUAUGCGCACUGUUUUUAAGAUAAUGUUACUCUGAGUCUCAGUUGUACAAGACUCAUAAGUAUAUGUUAGAAUGCUAAUAAACUACAGACCAACAUGGAGGACAUUAUUAAGCAAUACCACAGUUGCACUGAACACAUUUGCUCUGGCUUCGCUCUUUGCACCACCCACUGAUAUUUACGCUAUUUCCACCACCUCUGCUUCUUAGAGGAGGUUCCUGCCACACAGGAAGAGACCACUUCUCACUUUACACUUCAGUCAGUCAGUGUCAAGACAACAUGGAGGUCACAGCUUUCUGCAUCGCACUAUUGACUGUGAUGAUCCUGCUGUGUGCACAAGAUCAGGAAGUUGAUGCAGCUUUUCUUAGUAUCUCUCCAAACAGACUGCAGUUCUUUGAAUAUGAGUCGGUCACUUUGUACUGUGAUGGAGUCUUUUAUUGUGAUGUUGAACAUAAGUCGAUCGGGGAGACGCCUUCGUGUUGCACCACUAAUAACACAACAUCACAAGGACCUAACUGCACCAUUGAAAAUGUUUUUCAAAUUGACUCUGGAAAGUAUUGGUGUGAGGAAGGAGGAGAGAGAAGUAACAUCAUCAACAUCAAUGUUGUUUCUGGUUCUGUGAUCCUGGAGAGUCCUGCACUUCCUGUGAUGGAGGAAGAGGAUGUGACUCUGAGCUGCAGAACCAAAAUAUCUUCCUCCAACAUCCAAGCUGAUUUCUAUAAAGAUGGAAUCCACAGGAAGAGCAGUUCCCCAGGAACUCUGACCAUUAAAACCAUCUCCAUGCCUGAUCAAGGAUUCUACAAAUGUAACACCUCUGGAGUUGGAGAAUCACCACAGAGCUGGCUGUCUGUUAGAGUUUCAGGUUAUUCUAUCGUUGAUACAAAAGAUCCAGAAGAUCACGUAGAUUCUGACCCUGAUUCCUCGUCCACCAUAAGUACACCAUGGAUCGUCAUCGGCGUCUUAUUGACACUUUUCUUGUUGGUCGUGGGACUGCUAAUCUGCUUUGGUAGAUUUGCCUGUAGAAGAGGCUCUGUACAGGCCAAUGCAGCUGCACCAAGCCAACCGACAUAUGCUACUGUAUCAACAACCAGGAAGAAGAAAGAAGAAGCAGAGUCCAGAGUUCGCUCAGCGACACAAGACCCUGUUGACUAUGACGUCUGCUAUUCUACAGUUAAGUAUGUUGCUAAGCGCUGACUGAAAGGAGGAGCUCUGUGAUCUACAUGAAAACCAGAAAGUGACACAAUUAGAGCCAGAAUUGUUGUAGUUACUGUACAAACUGGAAAAGAAUAGUUAACUUUCUUUUGACAUUACGCUUAAAUUUACAGCGUGUGUAACCUGUUAACCAACGUAUCAGAGAGGUUUUGGUUUAUUUUCAUCAGGCAGUUUAACCAACUUGUUCCAUCAGCCUCGUCUGUUCACACAGUUUCUCACCAGAUGAACUCUGCUGCUGCUUCUAAACACACCGCAGUUAGCUGCGUAUCUGAAGGGUUGCAUUGCUUUUUUAGGUUGUGGUCAGCAACAAGACGAGAGUUUAUUGUCAGAGUUUCAAAGAUGAGAAUAAAAGUCAUGUGCUACAUGUCAGAGUGUCUCUGUGUGUUUGUUCUGUGGUACAAAAUGUCAGUGUUUUCUAACGUGUCAUGAUAAUUAUAACUAUAGCAGAACGUUCCUCGGCUUUUAAAUUCAUUAACGUCCUCAUGAAAUAACCUGUGGUACAGUCACUUUCACACUGACAAUGGUCUUAUGAAAUAAUAAUACAGACUGGCUGGGCUGGACAAUUUGGGAUAUGCACUCCAAAUUAGAAAAGAUUUGGAUGAAAGAUUUUCAAAAUACACUAAGUCUAAAAUUAAAAGUUUGACCUGAUGGAGGCGCUAGAGAGAAGGGUCAUAUCAUCACCAAAACCAACAGGGUCCAUACUCUUGUUGCCAUUAAUGUUGUCAGUAAAUUUGAGAAGACUCGUAUGAAAACAUUACAAAAUACAUUCAUUAUAAUUUAAAAGUUUGCCCUGAUGAUGGCGCUAGAGCACUGACCUGAAAUAACAACACAAGAGGAAGAAAGUAGAUUUGUUCCAUGGUGUGUUUAUUGUGUAACAGAGGACAGUUUGUAUCGACUCACCAGUGUUAUGUAUUUUUCUAACAUCAAGCAGAUUUUAUUUUAUAUAUUUUCCUGCCUUUCUUCGAUUUGUUUUCGGUCUCACACCAUGUGUUCACGCUCAGUGUUAGAUGAGUGUGUAGGUGUGUCCAUGAACAUACAAGUUACAGCCAGAGAGGAGAAUAACUUCCCUAUGGUGCAUCAUAAAUACUUAUGUCCUCCAAACAAAGUCCACAUUGGAACUCUUUGCUGUUUCUUUUGUUUUGGCAGUUUCCUCUGAGUCGACGCAUGUGGCGACAUGAUUAUCUGGAGGCAAAGAAAGGC